CUUAAACACCUCCAAACACGACAACCAAACAGCCGCCUGUUCCAUCGAAUCCCGUGUCUAUCCAACCCUCUGGAAAGCGUCAGAGUAGUACAUCCCCAUUCCGUACAUCACAAUGGACUCGCUGGUGGCUCAAUACAGCCGCCCGGCGUUCCAGAACGAGGGCUACAGCGAAGAAGAGCAGCUCCAACUGGCGCUCGACGUGCAACCACAGCUCAAUCUCAACUUCGCCCUCCCUCCCGUCGCCAACAAUGCAGCCUGGUUGCGCGCCAUGACCGAUGACCACUCCAACCCCCAAUGUCCCAUCAAGAUUGCCCACGGAACCACAACACUCGCCUUCCGCUUCAAGGGCGGUAUCAUCGUUGCCACGGAUUCGAGAGCCACAGCAGGGAACUGGAUUGCCAGUCAAACGGUGAAGAAGGUUAUUGAGAUCAAUAGUGCGUUGUUGGGGACCAUGGCUGGUGGUGCUGCUGACUGUCAAUACUGGCUCGCAUACCUCGGAAUGCAAUGUAGACUCCACGAACUCCGCCACAAGCGCCGCAUUUCUGUCGCUGCUGCCUCGAAAAUCCUCGCCAACCUCGUCUACAGCUACAAGGGCAUGGGUCUGAGUAUGGGGACCAUGUGCGCCGGUGUGACCCCUACCGAAGGACCGGCUCUCUACUACAUCGACAGCGAUGGCACGCGGUUAGCGGGUAACUUGUUCUGUGUUGGUUCGGGUCAGACUUUCGCCUAUGGUGUGCUGGACGCAGAGUACAAAUACGACCUGGAGGAUGAUGAGGCACUGGAGCUGGGGAAGAGAAGUAUUUUGGCUGCGACGCACAGAGAUGCUUUCUCUGGUGGUUUCAUCAACUUAUACCAUGUCAAGGAGGAGGGCUGGGUCAAGCACGGCUUCAUGGACACGAAUCCUAUCUUCUGGAAGACGAAGCUGGAGAAGGGCGAGUUCUCCAACGUCACUGCGAACUUGGAUUAGGUGGGAAAUGCAUGAGGUUCAGGAGUGUGAGCACUGCGGGCCGUGUGUGCGCGAAAGAGAAGCGCACUUGUAGUUAUACUGGACUUGAGAUAUUAGCUUACAUGGCGCUGAAUCAAGAGCAUGAUAUGAACAAGACCUGUUACUUGGGGACUGCGUUGGAACCACCGUAGAGAGAGGUGGUCACUCAAAUGCGCCCAGAGGGUUUGCCCAAUGCACACAUCGGAUUCGACUUGUGGUGAGGUCAGAAACCACACAGGCAGCCCGAGCAGCUCGUGAUGGACAUACGUACUCCCUGUUGUUACCUUCACGGCUGGUCAUACAGACU